CAGGAGGCUUCAGCCAAUCAGAUCACAGGAAAGAGAGGAACAGGACUUCCGGUAGCUAAAAAAAACCAACACAACAAAACUCAACUCCAGUCUGCUGAAAGACGAAGAGAAGAAGCUGCUGCUCGUAAAUAAUUCAACUGCUCAGCGUUCCCAGAUGCAGUCAUAAUACACCGGUUGGCAGUCGCACUGACAUGGCAUCUGUCCACUGAGCUGCUCCGUCUUCAGCCACUGCAAGCACCAAGCAUUGGUGUGCAGCUUCCCAGCGAAUGAGACUGACCCACCAUCACCAUGGAAACAGACACAGAAGUUAUUCCUAUCUGGCAGAAUAAGCCUCAUGGAUCCACCCGUAGUGUUGUGAGAAGAAUUGGUUCCACUCUACCACUCAGACCUCCACAAAGGGCAUGUUUCCAGGAACUACCAGGCCUGCCCGCGCUUCGGCCCAUGGAUGGCCCUCUGGUUCCUACCUUGGCAGACAUAGCCUGGAUUGUCGCAGAUGAAGAAGAAACUUAUGCCAGAGUGCGGAGUGACACUCGUCCUCUGAAACACGAAUGGCGGCCCACGCCUCUCCUGGUGCUCCACAGAAACUCAUCUGUACCCAACUUCCGCCGUGAGGGAAAAAGAAUGGAGGGGCUUAGGAAGCCUGGGGUGACGGCGAUGAACCGUACCACCGCUCUGCAGGACGAGCUCGGCAGACUCCGUGCACAGAUCGCCAAGAUUGUGGCAAGUGAUUCUGGCUCCAACCCCCUGACCCCUGACCUGCUCUCCCCCGACGACACAAGUAUGAGCUUCUCCAUGGCGCCUUUCGAGACAGCGCCCUACCUGCCGGCCGCCACGGCUGCCGCUUCCUUUGUCAUCAGUGAUGUCACGGAGGAGGAAGAAGAAGAGGAGGAGGAAGAAGAUGUUGUCUCUGUAGUGUCAGAGCUUGUCCCUGACCCUGUGCCGCCUGUUUCCAUGACGGCGUCUGCGACCUUUGACCUGGACAGACCCAGCAUGGACUACCGGGAGGCAGAGGAGGAUACAGUGUCGCUAUCAAAGUCCACCAGCUUUGCUGAUGUUAUGGACAUCCUGAAGGACAUGAACCGCAUGAAGAUGAGCAAAGACAGGUACAACAGAGGCUGUACGUCUCUCAGAGAGGAGGACUCUGCCUCUCUGAUUUCAGAAGCUCUGAGGAAAAAGUUUGUCCUGAAGGAAGAAGAUACUGACGCUAUGAAACGGAAGUAGCCUGAUCACGUGUUUAUCAUCAAUACCCGAUCCUGCUGCUCCAUGUAAGUCAGGACAGGAUUGUAGACACUAGUUUUUUUUUUAUAUUUUGUAUUGACGGCAUGUGUGGUCUGUUACCCUUGUUAAUGUAUUCAGUGGCAGAACGUUUUAGCUCACUUGUGGGUUCUUAGUUGUUUUUUCUCUCCCUUGUUAUUUUUAGGCCUUUGCCUGUGGAAUAUGUACCCAUGGAUCCACAACUUUGCUCCUCAGACCCGAGGCAAUAGCUGUUUGCCAGAACUAGAACAAAUAAACACUUUGUCCCAGACAUUCAGAACCAAAUGUUUACCUCACAGUGCCGGUGCAGUGUGAGGGGGGACAGCCUACUCUUGAUAACAAUAAUCGGUCUCAGCACUGCAUCGCAUUUUGCAUCCAGUUUAUUUCUUUCUGAAAAAAAAGUCUUUUAUGUUUCAAUUUAUUUUGAAUUAGGACUCAACAGACUGCUGGAGACUUGCUCUGUGUCUGGGCUUUUUUUUUAUUUUAGAUGCAAUUUUUUGGGAUCCUGUUAUAGCACGUUGUGGAGGGGCUGACAUCCAAACAAACAUAACAACGUUUCUGGACUUAAAUUGAGGAAUGUCCCUUUAAAAAGCCUUUCAUCCAUCCUGCUAUAAAGAGAGUUCUUUGUUCCUUUUUGUUUUUUUCACAGAAGAGAUGCAAAUAUACAUUUUUUGUUUGUUUUUUUCAGUUGUGUUAAGAAGUCCUCUAACAUACUUGAAAGAUAUUUUAUGUACAAAUGAAACACAUCUAAUAUACAUGCUGAGAUGUACUGUAUCUUAUCAGACGUGUGUGUGAGAGAAUAUAACUUCAGAUCUGUGCUGUUAAUAUUUACAUUACAGGUCUGGGUUUGCAACUGUGCACAGCAUCGUGUUCAGUAUGUUGCUUGCUCCACUGCACCUGUCCUCUUGUUUGUGAUUAACAUAUAGAUUGAUAGUCACUGAACCACAGGACACUGAUUUUGAAACCCAAACUGAAAGGAGCAAGAAUAUGCUGAUGAUAUAGUUUAAAGAGUGAAUUGUACGGUGUAAAAAUCAAAAGAAGUGUGUGAGUGAAUUCUGCACCCAUCAUUGUUUGUGUUUCUAGUAAAGGCAACAACGGACAUACACACAUUUCACACCUGUGUAGAUUGUUCCAAGUACCUGAAACCACCUUUUUUAUGACGCAACAUUAAAGAGGUGAUCUCAGUUUGGGCAGAGACAACUAAAGCUAUGUGUAAGAGUGCUUUUACAUCAUUCUGUAUGCAAAGUUGUGACAAAGCCAUGGGUGAAAUGCUGGUCUGAGUCACGAUGAUGAUAAAUAUGAAUAGUCUUGUUGACGCCUUACCACAGAUCUAAUGCCUGUUCCUAAGCCUGAUUUUAUUCCCAUAUUAGUUCAAGUGCCAUGGGUUUGUUUUAAUCAGCCCACCCCUCAUUGCCUGCCCUUUUCCUGAAUGUGCCCUGCAUCCUCAUCUUUAUUACAAAUAUACCAGUUGUGUGUGUGGUAAUGCUGAAUCGUUAAAAAUAACCCCUCACAAGAAAAGACUUGCUUGAAAUGACUUGUUAUUUCCCUUUUACCUCCACACGUCACUUCUCCUCUGUUUUUCAUCUGUCACGUUUAUGCCUACAUGACUGGGGAGUCCUUUAGUGUAGUUUUACGGUGUGAAAAGUUACAGCUAAGUGUGUGUCACUGUAUGCGGUGGAGUUAAAGUAUGUUUAGUCUUGCUAGAAUUGGCCCCUUAACUUGUCUUUGGUGAUCUUCUCAAUUUCCUUAUUGGACAGAGUGAAAACUACUAUAUGCGAGUUUAAAUAUAUUCAUUGUGUGUCUGUACUUACGAUGUUGAACCUUACACAGCAGACUCUGCCAAUUGCAUCACUAGUCCUGAGCCCACCACCACCUGUAUGUAUGGUUUUUGUCUUGUUAGGACUUGUAAAUAAAGUUUGGCUGAUGUUUUGAAACUGA